AUGUCCUUGAGCAGUUUCAUAUCGUCAACGAUCGAAUUGGCAAUUGUCGAUUUCGGCGAAAAACUCGACCUAUAAAUUUUUGUAUUGGAUGAUGAGGAUGAUUUUAAGCCGCCACAAGUACUUCAAAAUCAGGCUGACAAAUGGGCUUUUCUGAUGCACUCUUCCGGGAAGAAAUUUGAUAAUACCGAAAAGCAGUCACCAAAAAAACGGGAAACAAAAAAUUCGGCAAUCUCAUCAGACCGAUCUCGCAAACUGCCGGUUGUUAUUGUUUCUGAGCGUGAUAAGAUGUCAAUGAAUCAGAACUUUCCAAUAGUAUCUACCUCAGAAGGUUUAACCAAUGCAGAGGUUAAGCAAAAAGCGGACCAUCUUUUGAGUGCCGUUUUCAAGCAUAAAAGGUAUAAAACGAUAAUUCAAAAGCAAGCUAUUUAUACCGUUGCAAGAAAAAAAUCUGAUGUUUUUAUAUCGUUGCCAACUGGUGCUGGGAAGUCAUUGUGUUACCAGUUGCCUGCUUUAAUGUAUCAUCCGGGUGUAACGAUCGUGUUUUCACCAUUAAUAGCACUGAUUCAAGAUCAAGUUCUUUCUUGUAAGGCUCGUGGAAUUAAAUGUGAUUCAUUGAAUUCAAAAACUGGUGUUGAAGAUCGAAGACGAAUUGUUGAAGAUUUGCGAUCAACGACACCUGAAACACAGUUGUUGUACAUUACCCCAGAAUCUGCGGCCACUCAAAAUAUUCAGCGAAUGAUUACGAGCUUGUUCAAAAGAAACUUGCUGAAUUACUUUGUUGUUGAUGAAGCACAUUGUGUAACACAUUGGGGCCAUGAUUUUCGUCCCGAUUAUUUAAAACUUGGGGAUUUGCGACAGCUGGCGCCGGAGGUGUGUUGGAUUGCAUUAACUGCUACAGCUAACAAAAAUGCGCAAGAUGACAUCGUGAAGCAGUUGAGGCUGAACAAUGUGAAAAUGUUUAAGGCAUCAACAUUCCGUGAUAAUUUGUAUUAUGAUGUUGUCAUGAAGGAUCUAAUACCUUCUGCACCUGAGAGACAUUUGGCUCUCUUCAUGAUGAAGGCAUUGGGAUGUGCUCGUAAAUCCAUGUACAUUGCAAAAUCUACUCCCGAGCUGAAAUCGGCGGUUGAUGUUCUCGAUAAAUUAAUGCUAAAGUCAACACAAAAUGGACAUUCUUCAAAAUCCAAAGAGACAUGCAGCAAUUCGUUUAUGGGCAGUGGUAUUGUAUAUUGCCGCACACGAGAGGAAUGCGAACGAAUGGCGACUCGCCUGACAGAGGAAGGUAUUCCUACAUAUGCUUAUCAUGCUGGUUUAAGUAAUAAGCUGCGUGAUGACAUCCAGGACAAGUGGAUGAGAAAUGUUAUCCCUGUUAUUGCAGCUACUAUUUCGUUUGGAAUGGGUAUCGAUAAGGCAGAUGUCAGAAUAGUUGUUCACUGGACAUGUUCACAGAAUCUGGCCGCAUAUUACCAAGAGUCGGGUCGUGCUGGCCGUGAUGGUAAACGAAGUUAUUGCCGUAUUUAUUACGGCAGAGAUGAUCGACGAUUGCUCAACUUUUUAAUUAACCAAGAUGUUUUGAAAACCAAAGCCAAAAAAAUAGAUAUGAAGAUAAUUAAUGAGCAAGUAAAAGCAAUACAACAUGGUUUCGAAAAAAUGGUGGAAUAUUGUGAAAAACCACAAUGCAGACACGUUUCCUUUGGCCGUUAUUUUGGUGAUGAUGACUUACGACCAUGUGGAAAGAGUUGUGAUUAUUGUAAAAAUCCGAAGGCUUGCGAUGAAAUAUUAUCACGUUUUAAUGCAGAAGCUUGGAAAGAUGUUGCUAAUUCACAGUCUCGAAAACGUCGUUUUGAUGAUGGCGAAGAUUAUUUGUUGUAUGAAGGAGGUCGAGCGGGAGUUAAAGAAUGGGAUGUGAGUGAGUGUGAUGAUCCGGCUGUAAUUGCGGAGAAUAAGGAAAAGCAAUAUCGUACAGAAAUUAUACAACAAGAAUUUGCGAAACGAAGAAAGACCACUACAACACGUUCAACAGCUGAUGGUCAACAAGUUUCUACGAAUUUGUUGAUCAUCGAGCCAACAGCAAAAAGUAUCGCCAGUCUGACAAUUAAUCGAAGAGAAGCGGUGCGUACAGCAAUUUAUACAGCUUUGGUUGCAAAUUUACUUGGCGAGCGAUGCGAUGUCGAUAUCAAAAAAACAUCUUGCCACAUCGAAUAUGAUAUUUAUAAAAAUUCGAAAAAUAGUUUCACUUAUCAACAUAAAGUGUCACAGAAGGUAGCUGAAAUCAGGAAAAUGACGAAAGAAAACAAGAAAUACGAUAUCGUCCAUAACGAUUCUGAAGCAGUGACAAUAAAAAUGCUGGGUUUUCAGACGGCAUCAAACUUGAUUUGUUAA